AUGACAGAAAGUAGAACAUUAAGUAGAGUUGCUGCCUCACAAAAAAAAGCAGUCGAGAAAAAGAAACAAACAAUUGCGCCUCAAGGCUCCACCUUUGCUGAUCUUGGAAUUGAUGAUUGGCUUUGUGAAACUUUAAAAGCCAUGUCAAUCAAAGAGCCUACAGAGAUUCAAAGAGCUUGUAUACCACCUAUUCUUGCUGGUAAAGAUGUUAUUGGUGGAGCAAAGACAGGUUCAGGUAAAACUGCUGCAUUUGCACUUCCGAUUUUACAAAAAUUAUCAGAAGAUCCUUACGGUGUAUUUGCUCUCGUUUUAACACCUACAAGAGAACUUGCAUUUCAAAUUGCGGAACAAUUUCGAGUUCUUGGUAAAGGAGUUGGCCUAAAAGAAUGUGUUGUUGUUGGUGGCAUGGAUAUGAUGAAACAAGCUAUUGAACUUUCAAAAAAACCACAUGUUAUUAUUGCAACACCAGGUCGACUUCGAGAUCAUAUCAGAAGCAGUUCAGGCGCAGUAGAUUUGAGACGUUGUAAAUUUUUAGUUAUGGAUGAAGCUGAUCGAAUGUUAUCUUCCACUUUUGCACCUGAACUUGAAGUCAUUUUACCUUUACUACCCAAAGACAGACAUACCCUUCUUUUCACAGCUACAAUGACAGAUUCGAUUUUAGCGUUACGUGAUGCUGAAGAAGAUCCUAAAAAACGUCCCUUUGUUCAUGUUUGCGAUAUGUCUAUCUCUACUGUCAGUACUUUGGAUCAAUUCUAUUUGUUUGUACCAUCACAAGUAAAAAUAGUCUAUUUAACACAUUUAUUACGUUCAGAUGAUUUAAAUGACAAGUCUAUUAUUAUUUUCUGUGGAAGAUGCUCAACAGCUGAAUUAAUAACAAAUAUGUUAAAAGAAUUGGGUAUUCGAUGUACAGGACUUCACUCCAAAAUGACACAACAGGAACGUUUAAAUUCACUCGGUAAAUUUAGAGCUGAAGUUAUAAAGAUCCUAAUUUCAACUGAUGUUGGUUCUCGUGGUUUAGAUAUUCCCUCAGUGGAAUGUGUAUUAAAUUACGAUAUUCCUCGAGAUCCUACAGAUUAUAUUCAUCGUGUAGGUCGUACAGCUCGUGCUGGUAGAGGAGGUAAAGCUAUUUCGAUUGUGACUGAAAGAGAUAUUCAACUUAUUCAAAACAUUGAAGCACGUAUAAAUAAACAAAUGGAAAAAUAUGAAGUGAAUGAAAAUGAUAUUAUUGAUGAAUUAGGUGAAGUCACUGCAGCAAAACGUGCAGCUAGCAUGGUAAAUUAUGAAAUGAGUGUUUUUUUUCCUUAA